AGCAUUCAAAAUAGGAAAUAUUUCUCUCUAAAAAAAUGUUUUUUAUUAAAGAAAAGUCCAAGUCCCUGUUUAUAUAUAAUCCACAAUAGAAUCGGAGAUUGGAUUGGGUUGCCAUUGAAUAUGGAUUACGACCUGCAAAGAAGGAAAGAAGAGUUAAAAUCCAACAUGGGCAUAUACUAACAGUUUCUCAUUUGAUUCCUUCCAACUAUUCCAUCUUCCAACUGGUAUAUCCAUUAAAGAAACUAUUUUCUUUCUCAACAGAUUCCAUCAAAAUCAUUUCUUUUCUUCCAAACACCAAAUACCCACAUUAACUUACUUGAUUGUCAAUCCAAGAGUUUCGAAAAAAACCACACCCCACAAACUCUCUUACACCAGCAUUAUAUUAUUCAUUUAAUUAUUAAUCACCAUGACUUGUACUACUUCUCUCUCUAUAUAUUCCACUCUCUCUCCUCCUUCCAAUUCCAGAGCCAAUACUUCUUCUUCUUCUUCUUCCUGUUCUUCUUCUUCUUCUUCUUUUUCCUCUUCAGUUCCUGUUUUUGUUGCCUUAAGAACAAAACCCACUUGUCCUUUUGUGAGAGGAACACGGUUUAGCUACUUUGAGGGACCCAAGAGAGUGAGGAAAAGGACUAACUUUGGAAUUAAAUCAAAAGAUAUGACCAUCACUGAGAUUAGGCCAGAAGAAGAGGAAGAGUAUCCUCCUUUAUUGGAUCCUGAGAACAAUUCAAGGCCUCGUCGAAUUGCUCUCUUUGUUGAGCCUUCACCUUUUGCAUAUGUAUCAGGAUAUAAAAAUCGGUUCCAGAAUUUUAUUAGAUACUUACGCGAAAUGGGUGAUGAGGUGAUGGUUGUAACAACACACGAAGGAGUACCUGAGGAAUUUUAUGGUGCAAAAUUGAUUGGAUCCCGGAGUUUCCCAUGCCCCUUGUAUCAGAAGGUACCCCUGUCCCUUGCACUGAGUCCUAGAAUCAUUUCAGAGGUUGCUCGGUUUAAGCCUGACAUAAUACAUGCCUCGUCACCUGGAAUAAUGGUAUUUGGUGCUCUUAUUAUCGCUAAGCUGUUAUGCGUUCCUAUUGUGAUGUCCUAUCAUACUCAUGUUCCAGUAUACAUCCCAAGAUACACAUUUAGUUGGCUGGUGAGGCCGAUGUGGUUGGUUAUAAAAUUUCUGCACAGAGCGGCUGACCUUACGCUGGUGCCAUCUGCUGCCAUUCAGAAAGAUCUACAAGCAGAAAGAGUAGCAGCAGAUAAUAAGAUUCGUCUUUGGAACAAGGGUGUGGAUUCUGAAAGCUUCCAUCCACGUUUCCGCUCUCAUGAAAUGCGGAUAAGAUUGAGCAAUGGCGAACCUGAGAAGCCAUUGAUAGUUCAUGUCGGACGGAUUGGAGUUGAGAAAAGUUUGGAUUUCCUCAAGAGUGUCAUGGAUAGUCUUCCCGAAGCACGAAUUGCUUUUAUCGGAGAUGGACCUUACAGAGAGGAGCUUGAGAAAUUGUUCUCAGGCAUGCCAGCAGUAUUCACUGGAAUGCUAGGUGGUGAAGAGCUCUCCCAGGCAUACGCCAGCGGAGAUGUAUUUGUGAUGCCCUCGGAAUCAGAAACACUGGGGCUCGUUGUUCUAGAGGCUAUGUCUUCUGGGAUUCCCGUGGUGGGUGCUCGGGCAGGUGGAGUGCCAGAUAUAAUUCCCCCAGAUCAGGAAGGAAAGAUUGGGUAUCUCUACAAUCCCGGAGACCUCGAAGAUUGCUUAUCAAAAUUGAAGCCUCUGUUGUACAACCAUGAACUGAGGGAAACCAUGGGCAUAGCUGCACGUCAAGAAAUGGAGAAGUAUGACUGGAAAGCAGCAACUCGAAUUAUACGUAACGAACAAUACAACGCCGCCAUUUGGUUUUGGCGCAAGAAGAGGGCGCAAAUGUUGAGACCUGUACAGUGGUUGAUCAAACUCAUCUCCCCAUCAUCCUCACAAGUUAGCUACAGGUGAAAAAGAAAAGUGAUAAUUUUUUAGGUGUUUGGUUGGAUUGGUUUGCUAGUGUUCUUGCUUUCUAUACUUAGUUUUUUCAGACAUGUAAAGUCCUUGUGGGAUUAAAGCUUGUGAUGAUUAUUUAUUUGUUGUAUAUAUAAUUGACCAUGUUAUUACAACAUUGUACUUCCAAUUUAAUAGAUUUAGUAAGCCAUCAGUCUUCAGAUUCUCUAAUGGGAAGGAAAAAAAAUUGUAAUUUAUAUUUUGCUUUUUUUUUUUCAAAAAAAAAAAGUUUAAUAAAUAUUAAAGGGUGUUCUCACAAUUGAACAUUAUUAUUAUUAGAAAUUUGAACA